AUGGAUACAAUUACAAUCUAAAAUCUUAAAUGCAAUAAGCAUCCAAAUAAAAAUCUUCAAUUUAUUUAAGUAAAUGAUAUCCUAACACAAUCUAUUUCCACUAAACCUCUCUUUUACUGCUCUUCCUGUUUUAAUCAUGAUCUUCACUUUUAAUCUAUCAACUAUCUAAUGAUCGAUCAGAUUUUUUAAGAAGCAGAAACUAACAUCAUCCCAAAAUGGCCGCCAGUUAACAACUAUCAAAUCAUCUCAGAUCUUAUUGAUCUUACAUCAAAUUAGUCUUCACUUGACUAUGUCUAGCAAAUUACAGACUUCUUUGAUCAAUUCAAAGAAGAGUUUUUAAAUAAAAUAGAUAUCAUUCAAAAAAAGAUGAUCAAUGAAGCCCUGAAAUAUCCUAUUGAUACAUAGCAAAUCAUCAAAAGAUAUUAAGAUAUUUCAAACAUUCUUUAGUUUAAGUAGCUUCUUAAUAACUAAUAACCAAAUAACCUCCAAGAUCAUUCAAUUCUCUGUAAAGAAUUCAUCUCGCAAAUGGAAUCUCAAAAAGAUAAAAACACUGAAUUGUUGUAAAGUCUACUUACCUAAGCAAAUUAAUUGCAAAAGAAUUUCAACAUGGAAUAUCCUCACAUGAUUAAAUAAUAAUUAUUUACUUUUAUUGACCACAUUUCUUUCUUCAAUUUAGAAAUUCCUGAAGUUAAUAGUAUAAAUCAUAAUAGCACAAGAAGUCAUUAGUAAACUAACAUUACAAAUCAAAAUAAUCAAAUUGGAGAUUUCAAACUAGGAUCUGACUUAAUUAUGAAGCUUGUUUCUAAUGAAUCAAACUUUUGCUCUGACUAAUUCUUAAACAAGCUAAAUGAUAUUCUUUAAAGCAUAAACCCUCUACUUAAAUAGUUUAGUUUUAAAACAGCAGUUUUCAAGGAGAACAAAGAAUAAAUUGACUUUUCCAAGAUUAGCGAGGAAAAAAUAAAUUUUAUAGAAGAAUAUGUUAAGCAUUCAGUAGCUUUGUCAAGAGGGGAAUAAUAAUUUGAAUAGGAAGCAAAGGAUAGUUUAGAAAUCAAAUAAAUGAUUUAAAUUGUAGAAUCUAAAAUGAGUUUCUUGAAGUAAGAUUUCAUUUAAUAGUUUGAAAAGUUCUUAGUUGAUGUAAAACCUUUCUUAAAAUAGAUUAAUUUCACUAAUAGUUUUACUGACAAAUAAAAAUUUGAUUUCUUCAGAAAUAUAAAUUUGAAAGAUAGCAAAUUGUAUACUUUAUUUGAGGAAAAUUUACCUAAUUUAGAUCUAAAAUUGUUUGCAACUGAGUAUAAUAACGGGUAGAGAGAUUGUGUGGUAAACAAAAAAGAAAAUGGUUAUUAUGAAAUUGAAAAAUUAAAUAAUAUUGGUUGGGUGAAUUGUAUAUCUAGUAUAAAUUUAUAAAAAGAUUUGAAGUAUAUUUUUAGGAUAAAAGUUGAAAGUCUAAAUGAAGGUAAGUGUUUUAUUAUAGGCCUAAUGAAAAAUUCAGAUACUGGUAUUACAGAUGGAAGUACAAAUGAAUUAAUUUGUUAGUUACAGAAAAAUAAUCAAUCUGUAAUUAAAGUUGGAAGUUGGGGUAUUGAUAAAUAAUUAAAGGGAGCAGGAUUUAAGACAAGUGUAGAGAAUAUGAUAGAACUAAGAUUGUAUUUGAAAGAGUAGAUUUUAGAAAUGCUAGAUUAUCCUAAUUAUGAGUAUAAACUAGGAUUAGAUGAUAAAUAUAAAGUGAAGCUUACAUAAUUUGAUGAUCUAAGAUUUUAUAUUGGCAUCUGCAAUUAAGAAACCAAAAUAAUAUUAAUGGAUGUAAAAAUAGUGAAUGAGUUUAUAUAUUGA